AAAGUGAAACCGCUUCCGGUCUCUGUACCGGAGACCAAACCUCGGCGUCAAUCCCGCGUACGCGAACCCCUGUUUAGUCCCGAUCGACUGUUCUGGUCCCGGUCGACUGUUCUGGCAUGUAGCUCCCGACGACACCGGAUACGAGAGCCGGGACCCGGAGGGAGAGUUCGGCCGAGGAGCCGCCGGAGAAGCGGCUUCGGUGCGUGUUCGGUCGCUGGGAAGCGUCGGCAUGUAGCGGCUCCGAGUCCAGGUGAAGGUCAUGAAGGCGCGCGCCCGGAAGGUGCGGGGGGCGGAGGGGGAGGAGGCGCUGUGCUGCUGCGAGUACGUGAACCGGCGCGGGCAGCGCAGCCACGUGGCCGCCUGCUGCUGCGACUGCGAGGACCUGGACGACGCCUGCGACCGCUUUCUGAAGCGGGAGCCCCAGAAGCCCGAGUCCUUUUCUCAGGUAGCUGCCGUCCUGUCGGACCGGUUCCGUGUGCCGUGGCCGUGGGGCGGAGCGCGUCGGGUGGACCUGUCCAUCGUCCCCCCCCUCGUCCUGCUUCCCGUCCUGCUGCGGGUCGCCGCCCUCCACUUCCUGAUGGGCGCCGUGGUCCUGACGGUGCUGCCGGGCCUGGUGCUGUGGUACUACUACGUCACCCACCGGCAGAAGGGGCGCACGCUGUUCUUCCUCAGCCUGGCGCUCUUCUCCCUGGGGUACAUGUACUACUUGUUCGUGGCGGAGGUGUUUCCCCGGGGGGACGUGAGCCCGGUCCAGCUGGCGGCGGUAACGGCUGGCGUCAUCCUCACGCUGGCUGCUCUUUUCCGCACCAAGAGGGAACCGGGCCUUGUCCGGCCGAAACGGGACGCCGUCCACAGCACAGUGACCUAUUACAGGCCUCUGGCAGACUCUGAGCCCCUCCUCAACGGGGGGCAGCAGGAGGUGAUGACCGUGACCAGCCGGGCCGGAGCUACGGAGCAGAUGGGGGUGGAGCUACAGGAAACCAGCCGCAGGAACUGGUGCCCAGUGUGCAGGCUGGCGCGGCCCCCGAGGGCCGGACACUGUCGGAUCUGUGGCGUCUGCGUGCUGCGUCUGGACCACCACUGUGUCUGGAUCAACGGCUGCGUGGGACAGGCCAAUCACCGCAGCUUCCUGCUCACGCUCGUCCUCUUCCUCCUGACGUCUCUGUACGGGAUCGGCCUGGUGCUGCAGAGCGUGUGUCCGGGGCAGUACCUGCUGACCGCGCUGCUCUACUGCCCGGGGGUCUACAACCAGUACAGCACCGCCCUCUGCUUCACCUGCGCCUGGUACUGCAGCAUCGUGACCGGCGGCCUGCUCCACCUGCUGCUGGUGCAGGUCAUCAACAUCAGCUGCAACGUCACGGAGCGCGAGGCGCGCGCCGCCCUGCGGGACAAGAGCGCCCGCCGCGCCCUGUGGGGGCUCGUCGUGGACACCGGCGUCUACUCCAGAGGUUUCCGUAGCAACUGGGCUGAGUUCUUGACCAUGGGGGACAAAGGGAUGCUUCCCCAUCAGGCCCCCACAGACCUGGUGUAAGCCACCGGUCACCAAGCGGCAGCUUCUGCUCCCGUCCACUGGGUGGCACCGUGGCUCCUUUCAACAUUUCAACCUCACUGGUUUUCACUGUGGGUGUAAACUUGACUGUUACCACAAGGUUAUGGAAGCAAUUGCCCCGAUUUUAUCACCUACCAAUAAUGUCUACAAAACCAAUAAGACUCUCCACCAUUAAUGUCACUGAUGUCUGGCAUCUCCUCUAUGCAGCCCUAUCCCGCCCUCGGUUAUCUACGUCUGCCGCCGCCGCGCUCCACCUUUCAUCCGUCUUUCUGCCAAGUGCAUAUUAGCGUUCCCAUCACUCCUUCUGACGCCAACGUUCCCCUCGGUUCCCCUCGGCGUUCUAGUGCCUUGCUGGAGCGUGGCAGAAUGUACUGUGGGAUAAAGGAACUGUGGAUCUGCGUAGGAAUAUAUGAUGAUGCCUCUACUUGUGGUCAGUCCGGCUCAAAACAGCUGCACACUUCACCUCGUUCACCUCCCACGAACGCGCAUCGAUGCUCACAACGGAGGGAAUCUUGGCACUCUGAAUUGUUUCAUGCAUAUUUAUCAGUGAUGAAUGAAUCUCUAUGCGAGUCUAAUUAAAGUUCUACAGUGCGACAUGAUGAAUGAUUGCCGAGUUCUGAAUAUAUCACGUUAUGUUUUUAGGUACAAUCUUGAAUCAGACUCUGCACUUUUUGUAACAAACAUUGCAUUGGUCUAUUUGUAUCCACUUCUGUUUAUUUAUUUUCAUUAAACAAAUGUAAAGCAUGA